UAAGGAUUUGAUAAAUGUGAGAAGUGUGACUCCUCCUUGUAAAAAAAGUAAUGAAUUGAAUUUGCAUUUUGUAAUUCAUUUACAAUUGGUCUAAAAUUAGUUUAUCAAAUAUUUAAUCUUUUAAUUUCGAAUUAAUCAAGGUGAGUUAAAUUAAUACGACUUUGUUGAAUUCUCCGCAUGGCGACAUCACAGCUCCAAUCACCUUUCAAAUUAAAUUAGACUCCGGCAUUAUGUUGAAUGCGGUGGCAUAGGCUGUUCAUGAGGAGACAAUAAUCAACUUUUUUAAAGUAAUGUUCAGAUAUUAAAAACUUGACGGCGCUUUCUAACAACCAGAUAAAAGGAAGAAUUGAAAAUUAUAAGGUGUAAAAAGGGUAGCGAUAACUAUAACAAGAAGAUAAUGAUCAAUACCUGGAAUACUUUUUAGUUGUAUACACACAUACUAAGAAAUUCGCUUAUUUGAUUCCAACUCCUGUAUUUAACGGGCAUACAUCUGUGUAAUUAAUUCAAUGUGAAAAAUAAAUGUUCUGGUUUUGAUCGCUUUCUGGAGGCUGCACAGUUAGGUUUAAAACUUUGCAGAGGGUGCGAUAACCGGAGGUUUGCUUUAGCGGGACGAACAGCACCGAGGUCAGCACCGCGCACCCUGGACCACCACUCUGCCCGACUCCAGGACAACUUGGAAAGGACGCGGCUCGCCCCGCCCCCGAUCUCCGCUGUCGACCAAUCGCCAGCGAGAGACUCCCCGUUCUUGGAGACGACCCCAUCUGGGAUCCUGUCUUUCAUUGGUUGUCGGAACUGCCCAUCGCAGGCUGGCCUCGCUACUUCCGCGAAGGCGCUGAGUGAGUGGAAUCUGAUCGUGGAGAUAAGGCUGAAGGGAGCUGGGAAGUUGAUCGAAUGGUCUCCUCGCUCUCUUCUGGGCACCUUCCUCUUGAUUUGGAGCGGCUGCUCUACAGCUUUGAGACUGACUGUCCUCGGCGCGGACAAGUGCAUGGAGUUUUAAAUUGCACCUUUACAAAGUCUCCUGAUAACGGGAGACACGGAGCUGUCCCGUUGGGAGGAUCACAAUGAAUUCCCGGGGCAAUAUGCGGACUUUGGGAUUUUCAAAGCUGGCUACUCUUCGUCUUUGCAUGGCUGAGAUUUUGAUUUUUGCCGCGUUGCUCUGCAAAGUUGUACAGAACCGUGGGGUCACAGGUAUUGUGGAGAGUGCUCAGAAGUUUUCUUCACUUCCGGUCUAUCUGCCAGUGAAGUACCAUAUUCAGAAAGCUGAAAGUUCAUUUUUUCUAAAAGAAGCCAACCAGGAAAUCAUGCGCAACAACAGCCUACAGUUCCGCAUGGAACCCUUUUUCAUCCACGAGGCCAAGACUCCUCCUAUGAUUAAUGUCAGCUAUGGACCUUAUGCUGCAGAACAAGUUGUGCCCAGAGCUCUGCUGCAGCCCUCUAAUCUGUUCAGCAUGGUUGAUAAGUUCACUUUCAACUGGAAAAUCAAAGCAAGUAUCAUUGAUAAAAAAGUUUAUUCCAAUCGGCCAAUAGUACAGAUUUUAUUUUAUAUCACAGGCCGAGACUGGGAUGAUUACGGCGUGAACGAAAACCUUCCCUGUAUACGUGUAUAUGCAUUUCGGGAAACGAGGGAAGUCAGAAACAGUUGUCGCCUGAAAGGAGAUCUUGGAUUGUGUAUUGUAGAACUGGAACUUCUGCCUUCUUGGUUUAAUCCUCCUACCAUAGUACCUGGUCGUAAAAGGAUUACUGAUCACUCUGAGGGAACACCAGUGGAACUAUAUUACUUGGUGCAGGAUGCUGAAGAAGAUAGCGAAUGUGAUGCAGAAGACACGCGAAAGGACAAUGCUAUUCGGCCAGGCCGCGAUGACGUUGACGAAACACUCCACUCUCUACAGCGUAUUGGUAGCGUCCGACUACACCAAGGUUCUGGAGACCCGCGGCGAACAGAAAUGCGGUUGGACAAUAACAUCAUCAUCUCGGUGUUACAAAGGCCUCUCAAGCAAGGCGAAGUAGUCACUUUUUAUGUGUCACUGGCCAGCAGCUCAACGGUGAACCAGUUCACGCUGCGGGCAAAAGCCAAAAAAGGUGUGAACAUUGUUCACAUAAGAUCCACAAUUCCGAAUUUGUGGGAAGUUAAGCAGGAGAUGGGAAAUGGUGGGAAACACUCCAUUGCAACUGUUAAUUGCAGGAAGAAACCCGGUGCUUCAAAUAACAGAAUUGAUGGGGCUUCUUAUGAAAUAAUGCAGAUGGACUUUGAAAUGGAUAACUUCAGCAGUCUGUCGGUCACUCGCCGGAUCAUGUGGCAGGUGGAGUAUCCUGGAAAGCCCUCACAGAUAGACCAGGACAAAGCUGUGUCGGAACUGCACGUCAGUCAGAGAGACAUCAUCAAAAUUGUUCCUCUUGCCAUGAGUACUGAAAUCCUCAACACGGCAAUUCUAACUGGCAAAACAGUGGCAGUUCCUGUGAAAGUCAUUGUGGUGGAGGAAGACAGCACUAUAACUGAUGUGUCCGAGUUUGUGGCAUGUAAAUCAUCAGAUCAAAAUGUGCUGAAGGUUUCUGACAGAUGUGACUACAUCCUGGUGAAUGGGAAAGAGAUGCGGGGCAAAGUGAAUGCCGUCGUCAAUUUCACUUACGAGCACCUGAAUGCACCACUGGAAAUCACUGUGUGGGUGCCCCGACUUCCCCUUCAGAUUGAAGUGUCUGACACUGAGCUCAGUCAGAUCAAAGGCUGGCGGGUUCCCAUCGUCUCAAGUAAAAGGCCAACCCGGGACAGCGAUGAUGAGGAUGAUGAUGAGAAGAAAGGGAAAGGAUGUACUCUUCAGUACCAGCGGGCCAUGGUGAGGGUCCUUACACAGUUCGUAGCCGAAACACUGGAUCCUGGUGGGCCGCUGGCCUACAUGUUAGGGAAUGACUGGCAGGCCGACAUCACGGACCUGGUGACCGACUUUCUGAAAAUGGACAACCCGCGGGUCGCGAAGCUAGAGGGCGGGAGAAUCCUCAGCGGGCAGGAACUCGGAAUGGCCACGCUUCAGGUGCUGUCGCCCCUUUCUGAUUCUAUCCUGGCUGAAAGAACAAUCACGGUCAUCGAGGAGAAGGUGACCGUCACGGAUCUUGGAAUUCAAGUUGUAGCGGGGCUUUCGCUUUCCUUCCAGCUGAGUGCUGGCAGCAAUCGUGUCGUCACUGCAAUCGCCACAGCAAAGGAACAGCUUCACACCCCAAAACAGGAAGCAAUAAUCAGUGGUUGGAUCCAUUUCAGUGACAACAGUCUGACUCCGCUGGACAUUUACGAUCCCAAGGACUAUACGCUCACCAUCACUUCGAGGGAAGAGUCUGUUAUCUCAACGUACCAGGAUUUGCAGUUGCAGUGGCCUAUCAUCACUGUGGUGGGAGAGGGCCAAGGGAACCUGCUGAAAGUCGAACUAGUGAUCUGUGAGGUCUGCCAGAAAUCCAAGCGGAAAAGCAUCCUGGCAGUGGGAAACAGCAACAUCGAGGUGAAAUUUGGUCAGAAUAACGUGGGCCCGAAGGGUGGCGGCGACGACUACGGCGGGAACGGGGAGCUGGAAAACCGAGCAAGCGACCGGAGGCAGAAGACUGUAGACCAGGAGCGGGCAGGGCAGGGCGGACGGUACUUCAGCAGUGCGACAGCAGAUCGCGAGGAGAGCUCAGUGAGGAAAGUGAGCACAACCACCAAAGCUUCAGUCAACAGGAACCAAGGUGGGACAGACCAGCUCUCUGAAGGUGGCAGCCAACUCCAAAACAUUCCUCUGGAUGCUGCCAACUUCCCCUCACAUGACCUCACCAGGACCUCCGGGGACAGUGAAAGCUUGGACGAAAAUGAUCUGGUGCAGGCUCCAAGAGGUCUGACAGACCUGGAGAUUGGAAUGUACGCUCUACUGGGUGUUUUUUGCCUGGCUAUUCUUGUCUUUUUAAUUAACUGUGUCAUGUUUGCUUUGAAGUACCGGCACAAGCGAAUUCCCUCGGAGGCCCAAGGAACCAUGAAUCAUUCUCACGACUGGGUAUGGUUAGGGAAUGAGACGGAGCUGCUGGAGAACACCGCUGAUAUAUCCCCACAACAACUCUGUGAACACACUACAGUAAUAGACAGGGUAGCAGGUUUCGAAGAGAGCAACCAUCUGCUCAAUGGAGGAACCCAGAAGAACAUCCAAGGACAGGUACAUAGGUCUGCCCUGUCCGGUGACGGGAAGGACCGCAAGGAUGAACCUCUGAAUUCCCCAACCACAAAGCGGAAACGGGUAAAGUUUACAACGUUUACCACCAUUCCACCAGAUGACGGAUGUCCCGCGACCAAUUCAGUCCUUCUGGGUAAUGAGGAAGAUAUUAAGUGGGUAUGCCAGGACAUGGGCUUGGGAGACUCGCACGAACUGAGAAAUUACAUGGAAAGAAUACAUGACAAAGUGUAACUGUGUUAUCCAGUCUGUUUUCAUUCUUUGCUCACCUUUAUGCCUUCAGUUUUGAGUAAUUGUGCGGGAAAUCCAGUCAUGAAUGGGACCAGUUUGUGAGAGUGAAAUACACAGGCAGCAAAGCACAGGACUACGCAGGUAUCAGACAAAUCAGCAGCGAUGACCUGUCAUGAUAAGUAUCUGGCAAAAUCAAAACUCGUAGGAAUUGGGAUAAUAUUUGGAAAGACAAUAAAAAGAAGAGGCUAACAAGAAAGAAAUGCAUGCGAGUUGUAGCAAUGGAAACCAACACAAGUUCAGAAACGCUGAUGGAGAGAAUACAUGGCAGAUUAACCUGGAAAGAGAAUGGAGGAAAGUGCACAAUAAACUGAAUGAACGUUAAAAAUGAGCACUCCUGUUCUGCGACUCCUUCCUGAAUGGGAAGGACUGUGGAAGAAACACUUCUGAUUGGAUGACACUAUGACUGUAGUCCAUGGGAGCUGGCUCUUAACACGAAUGUCUUAACGACCAGCUCCAAAUGUAAUCAUUUUAUAUGAUUUUGUUAAUUUUGGACUUCAGUUGUAUUCUCAAUUCUUGAACUCUGUGUAAAAUUUAUUUUACGUCUUGUUUAUAUUUAGACUUGCAAUUUUUCACGUUAUUAUUUAUGGUGUAGUAAUAAGUCAUACCCACCUUUAUAACUUAGGUGAAAUAUUUUAACAAGGUAUACCUAGAAUGCAUUGUAGAUUACUAGAAUGUAAAAUUUAUUUAUAAAUAUUAUACACAUUGUAAAUAAAAGUUGCUUAAGAUAGCUUGAAAAUUUAGCCCUUUCUGGAUCACAUUGAGUCUUCAAGCCAUAUCUUUCUUCCAUUUGUUUUUAAGGGUAACUGCACUUGAAUGUAGUCCAGGGAAGGUUGCAGCAGCCCAGAGACUACUGUGAGCACAGCAUAAUGAAAAUAAAUGAACCAGAAAGAGGAUUGGCAAUGCUAAUAAAACAAAUGGAUCAGGCAGCUGUACUCCAUCACAACAGCAGGAAGAUGUCAGUGUUGGCUUCACAUGUGGCUCAUUAAAGCUGUAGGUCACCAGAGUGACAGUCGACUUCCAAAGCUUACCUGAUUCUCUUUUUUUUUUGUGUGUCACUAUCCGCAGCCAUCCACAAUGAAUUUGUUUGGCAAAGGCACUUCGGUAGGUUCAUGUAUUAAGAGUUGUCA